AAUAUAAAAUGCAGGCGGUAAGUCAGUGAGUCCCAGCAGGAGAGGGAGACUGUCUGGAGAGAACAAAUGAUGAAGAAGUCUUGGGAAUCAGGCUUGGAGGGACUGGGAGCCAGAAAACACUUUUCCCAUUUAAAAAAAAAGUGCUUUUAGUGACAACAUAAUUUUACAGCAUAAGCGAAAUAUUUAACUGGGAAAAGUAUGCAUGAACUUGACACUCAACAGACAACAAAUUUUUAUUUACUAUGUUCCAUUUCAAUCUUCUUCAAAUAUAGUUUUUUAAAAAAUGUUUAUAAAGCUAGUCAGUGAUUAUUUAGACAUUUAUCCCAUUUGACUUCAUUUUCAUUCCCAUUUUGCAUUUGAGAAGGUUAUAUCUUGAAUAAGUUUUGCAGUCAGUAAUCACCAAGGGCCUUAUGACUCUGAGUCUAGUGCCCAUUUUACCACCACAGCAGCUGCUGUAGAACCUUAGGGUAUAUUGAAAAUUCACAGGACCAAGGAAAACGGGGGUCACUCCUUUCUCCCCAGUCCAUACCAGUCUAAACUUAAAACUCCUUAAAUCCACAAAUAUUCAUUGUCUGUGCAUAAAGUACUUGAAAGAGAAUUGGAUGUGAAAUCAGAACACCUGGCCUAGUCCUAGCUCUGAGACUAUGUAGCUAUGGUGCAAGUCAUGUCACCCUUCUGUCCCACAUCAUCCUCAUCAGGAAAUAUGAGGUCAGAUAACAUGUCUCUGUUGACAUGUCAGACAAGACGUAUAAGAAUUUAAGCUCUAACAGUUCUGAAAAGUAGCCUUCCACAGAAGGGUCUCUCUUGCUUUGCCUCUGAUAUCUUUUUACUUGUUGCGACUUCUAGGGUUCACCAGGUCUUGGAUGAUAUCAGGUGCUGAGGAAAGACUGGGGAAGAGCAUGAGAGGAUAGAGACUGUGAGGGGUCUAUCAUCUAAAAAGUCAGCAGGCUGGUAGCAAUGAGGGUUACAAGAAGAGACUGUAGCUGAGGAAGCAUUCAUUCUUUCAUUUGACAAAUGUUCAGUUAGAGCGUUCCAGCUGGGUCUACUACAUUUCUAGGACUGUGACACUUUCCUGAUUGUCUUCUCUUACACAAAAAUUAUGGAGCCAGUGACAAUUAUUGGCACUUAGGAAUGCACCCUUGAAAAAAAAACAAAGAUCCGUGCCUGUGUAUAAUAUAAAUUCUAGCAGGAAGAGAUAAUUUUUUUAAUGUACUAAAGGAGCCAAUUAUGCUAUGUGUUAGAAAGUGUUAAGUGUCAUGGGGAAAAAGAAGUUGAGCUUGAUAAGGAGAACUUAGGCAGGAGAAAGAAAGUUGCAGUAUUUAAUAGGGUAAUAGGGUAGUCAGAUACUUAUCUAUCCUCAGAUUCAAUUUCAGGCCUGAAGCAAAAAAGUGAAUCCUGCAUAAGUUAAAAAAUAAAUCCUAAGAUUAAAAAAAUAAAUCACUAAGAAUGACUCAGAUCAUUGUCCCACCAAGUGAAUAAAUAUUUGUUUGUUUUUAGGGAUAGUGUAUCUAAAAAACCAUGAAAAAUCUUAGCAUCAUUGAAGAAUUUGUGCUUCUGGGAUUGUCCAGUGACCCAGAUAUCCAGACCGUGCUCUUUGUUCUCUUCCUGGGAAUUUACCUCCUGACCCUGAUGGGGAACCUGAUGAUGAUCCUGGUGAUCAGGUCCGAUUCCCACCUCCACACCCCCAUGUACUUCUUCCUUGGACAUUUGUCUUUCCUAGACAUGUGCUACUCUUCAGUCACUGUGCCCAAGAUGCUGCAGAAUUUCCUGUCUCAGAAGAAAACCAUCUCGGUGUGGGGCUGUAUCACCCAGAGUUUCUUUUUCAUUCUUUCUGGGGGUGCUGAGGGCUGCUUGCUCUCUGCUAUGGCCUAUGACCGCUAUGCUGCCAUCUGUCACCCUCUGCUCUACACUGUGGUCAUGAACAGACCUGUCUGCACUGCAAUGGUCAGUGCAGCAUGGAUGACGGGGUUUCUGAAAUCACUAGUGAAUAAUCUUUGUAUCCAGAGCUUAAAGUUCUGUGGUCCCAAUAUCAUCUCCCACUUCAGUUGUGAACUGCCUUCACUCUUUCCUCUGUCCUGCAGUGAUCCCAUGGCUAACACCAUCCUGCUGGCUGGGUCUACUGCAUUUCUAGGACUUGUGACACUUCUCCUGAUCCUCUUUUCUUACUCAAAAAUCAUGUUUGCUAUCCUAAGUAUCUCCUCCUCUGGGGGCCGAGGGAAAGCCUUCUCCACCUGCUCCUCCCACCUCACCGUGGUGCUCUUGUUCUAUGGAACAGCUCUAUUCAGGUACAUCAGUCCCCCUUCUGGAUCAGUCCUGGAGCGAGUUGUCUCCAUACAGUAUGGUGUGAUCACAUCCUUGAUAAACCCCCUCAUCUACAGCCUCAAGAACCAGGAGGUGAAGGCAGCUCUGCAGAGGACGCUGAGGCAGCAAAUGUAUGUGUCAGGGUAAGAAAGGGCAACAGGAUGUUUGCUCUAUAAGAGAAUCAGUCUAUAAGCGGAGAGAAAUUUGCAAGCUCAGAGCUCCUGUGGAAUUUGCUUUUUAAUUAAAUUCAAGUAUAUUGGUUUAUUUUUCAAAGUGAAGAGACUUCCAAAGUCUGAGAAAUAUAGUCAGAGAAGUAUUUGGCCCAUCCUGGGUCUAAGGAAAAAGGUUCAGAAUAUGUCAGCUCCUACCACAGCCUUUGACAAUUAGUCCAGAAGGGGUGACCUCCUUACAGUUGAGGAAGCUGAACAAAGAAAGACCCUGAGCCCAGGACUUUUACCUAUGGAGUUACACAAAGGAGUCCAUUAAUAAAAGGGCACAGCACAAGUAAGCUAGAUACAGAUAAGGAUCCAGAAUGAGACAGUUCAGCACCCUCCAUUCACCUGACCUGGUGGCACCGUAGGCAUCAAUGGCAUGUGUGCCUGCAAAUUGUCAAAGAAUAGUGAAAACAAAGAAUGAACAUAGUAAUGUCCUUGAACAGACAAAUGGAUAAAGCAAAGGUGAUAUGUACAUACAAUGGACUAUUAUUCAACUUUU